GGGCAUGCCCAGUGCGGGCGCAACGGCCCCGGCCCUGGGAGCGCCCGGGUGGAGCGGGCGGCCGGGUGCGGAGGGCCCGAGAGGGUCCACGGGGGCGAGGGGUCCGGCCGAAGACGCGGCGGCGGAGCUGCGGGGUCUUUCAGGAUGAGAGAUUUUGGGAUGCUUCUCUCUCCUCCAUGUAGUUGAUAGUUUGGGUGGUGAAGAGAUGGCUGACAGUGUCAAAACCUUUCUCCAGGACCUUGUCAGGGGAAUCAAAGACUCCAUCUGGGGUAUUUGUACCAUCUCAAAGUUAGAUGCUCGAAUCCAGCAAAAGAGAGAGGAACAGCGUCGAAGAAGAGCAAGUAGUGUCCUGGCACAGAGGAGAACCCAGAGUAUAGAGCGGAAGCAAGAGAGUGAGCCACGUAUUGUUAGUAGAAUUUUCCAGUGCUGUGCUUGGAAUGGUGGAGUGUUCUGGUUCAGUCUCCUCUUGUUUUAUCGAGUAUUUAUUCCUGUGCUUCAGUCAGUAACAGCCCGAAUUAUUGGUGAUCCAUCAUUACAUGGAGAUGUUUGGUCAUGGCUGGAAUUCUUCCUCACAUCAAUUUUCAGUGCUCUUUGGGUACUCCCCCUGUUUGUGCUUAGCAAAGUCGUGAAUGCCAUUUGGUUUCAGGAUAUAGCUGACCUGGCAUUUGAGGUAUCAGGGAGGAAGCCUCACCCUUUCCCUAGUGUCAGCAAAAUAAUUGCUGACAUGCUCUUCAACCUUUUGCUGCAGGCUCUUUUCCUUAUCCAGGGGAUGUUUGUGAGUCUCUUUCCCAUCCAUCUUGUUGGUCAACUGGUUAGUCUCCUGCAUAUGUCCCUUCUCUACUCUCUAUACUGCUUCGAGUAUCGUUGGUUCAAUAAAGGAAUCGAAAUGCACCAGCGGUUGUCAAAUAUAGAAAGGAACUGGCCUUACUACUUUGGAUUUGGUUUGCCUUUGGCUUUCCUCACAGCAAUGCAGUCCUCAUACAUUAUCAGUGGCUGCCUCUUCUCUAUUCUCUUUCCUUUAUUCAUUAUCAGCGCCAAUGAAGCAAAGACCCCUGGCAAAGCAUACCUUUUCCAGUUGCGCCUCUUCUCCUUGGUGGUCUUUUUAAGCAAUAGACUCUUCCACAAGACAGUCUACCUGCAGUCUGCCCUGAGUAGCUCAGCUUCUGCAGAGAAGUUUCCUUCACCACAUCCGUCUCCUGCCAAACUGAAGGCUGCUGCCGGCCACUGAAUCUCCUGCCAUCCAGAGGGGAUGGGAGGGAUUGGAAGGAGGCUGUGGAGGCUCUUUUCCCUGUUCACCUCCUCCCAUCAGGGAAAGCAGGACCCACUCUGCCAAGGGCUCUCUGCAUAUUCCCCUCUUUCUGAAGAAUUGGAAUUUUUGACUCUGGUGCACAUAAGGUAGAAUCAUCCUGACACCAGUAUGUGGAUUUUUAACACUACUGUGAGUCUGAAAGGACCACAGGUUUUUCUGCAGCUAUUUUCUAGCAUUUGCCAGCCCCUGUGCCUGAACUGAUUUGAAUAAUUUGUUUUUUUCCUGUGCCAUUUACCCUCCCACCUCUCCUUCCUGCUUCCCACUACUCUUGGAUGAAUGGAUUUUGUAUUUCUAGCUGUUGUAUUGUGUGGAUUUGUUAUUUUUGUUGUUUUUCUGUGAAGCACAUACAUUGGAUGUGGGAGGUAAAGGAGUAUCUCAGUUGCUCCUGGUCACUCCCUUUAUAGCCAUCACUGUCUUGUUUUUUGUAACUCAGGUUAGGUUUUGGUCUCUCUUGCUCCACUGCAAAACAAAACAAAACAAAAAAAAGCAAAAACAAAAGCCUGAAGAGAUGGGACAGGAGGAAAGACCUCACAGCCAGAUCUGCUGGGUUUUGAGGACUCAGUGAAUUUCUUUCUUCCCCUUGAAGGGGAAAAAGCUUUUUUCACUGGUACAUUUAAAGUUCCCCGACUAUGGGGAGGUACCAAUUCUGGACAAGUGCCACCACAACAUAGAAUGCUCAGAGAACCUGAACUUUCCAUCCCUGGAGGGUGGAAAUUUACAGUUGGCUACUGCCGAGCCUGUCUGGUGUUUCAAAGGAAUAUUGGGUGCUGCAAAUAGGAAAUGAAGGGGUAAACUUAUUAAACCCAUUAAACCUGUGAUUAGUUGGUGUUUUCCUGUCAUUUUAAGAGACUAAAUAUGUCAAAACACUUGUACAAUUUUAAAAUGUCACAAUUAAACAUAAGGUGGUUUCCCACAAA